CUCACUGGUUGUGGAGACCCCAGCAUGAUCUCUUUUUUCGGAUCAUUGUUGUUUCCUGGAGUCCUAAUGUCAACGUCUCCCGGAAUCCAUCAUCCUUCUUCUUCUUGUACUGCUAUGUCUCCUAUUAUUCGUAUUGCUGGACUAUCUGGUGCGGUAGCCGUUGCGCUUGCAGCCUAUGGAUCACAUAAGAUUGGCAAUGACAUGACGAUAGAUGUACGGAGAAAGAAAGCUUUCGAAACAGCAUCCCUACAUCACAUCGUGCACACCUUGGCAAUCUUAGCUGCACCAAAAGCGCGAUACCCAUAUUUAACAAGUGCAGUCUUCCUGAGCGGCAUCAUCAUGUUCUGUGGGCCAUGUUACCAUUACAGCAUUGCUGGUCAAGAAUCGACGCGAAAAUUCACUCCUAUAGGUGGUGUCAUGUUUAUUCUUGGUUGGAUCACUUUCAUACUUUAG